AGUGAGAUCCAAAGUCCUCUGGAAAUCGUGUUAAUAUCAUAGUACAUGUUAUGUGGAUUUCCAGUCAUUUGAAGGUUCUUCUCAGGACAUUAGUUGUAGAUCUCCACACCUGUUGUAGGUCCCAAGCAAUGAAGGCUUCAGGAAAACACUUCCCAAAGGUUUACGUGACCAGAAGGAUUCCACCAGAUGGUAUGAAGAUUCUCCGUCAGUCAGGAUGCUGCGAUAUUGAGCAAUGGGACUCUGAUGAUCCUGUACCACGCUCUGAACUUCUCAAGAAGGUUGUUGGAAUUCAGGGAUUGUACUGUCUCUUGACCGAGAAGAUUGACAAGGAGUUACUAGAUGCUGCAGGUCCAAGCUUAAAAGUUAUCAGCACCAUGUCUGUCGGAUAUGACCAUUUGUCAUUGGAUGAAAUUAAAAAAAGAGGCAUCCGAGUUGGAUUUACCCCAGACGUUUUAACAGAAGCUGUGGCUGAACUUACAGUGGCGCUAUUGCUAGCGACAUCUCGAAGGCUAAUUGAGGCUGUGGAUGAAGCAAGGAGUGGGGGAUGGGGCACAUGGAAACCCCUAUGGAUGUGCGGAAGUGGACUCUCUGGUAGUACUGUUGGAAUCCUUGGAAUGGGACGAAUUGGUGAAGCCAUUGCGCAUCGUUUGAAGCCAUUUGGUGUCAGCAAAUUCAUAUACAAUGAUAUUGCACCUAGACAUGAACUAGCCCAAAAGAUCUCAGCUGAAUAUGUUUCCUUGCUUGAACUGGCCAAGCAGUCCGAUUUCCUUCUGGUGUGUUGUGCAUUGACACCUGAAACGCAUGGGGUCUGCAAUAAACAGCUCUUCUCCAACAUGAAAAGCAGCGCAAUCUUCAUAAAUACAAGCAGGGGAGCUGUGGUAAACCAGGAGGAUCUUUAUCAGGCCUUGGCGUCUAACCAGAUUGCAGCUGCUGGUCUUGAUGUAACAGUACCUGAGCCGCUUCCUACGGAUCAUCCUCUCUUCACACUCAAAAACUGUGUCAUUCUUCCCCACAUUGCCAGUGCCACUGUGGAAACAAGGAAUGCCAUGGCGGCCCUCGCUGCAAACAACUUGUUAGCAGGACUGAAAGGAGAAUCAAUGCCCAAAGAAGUACCACUGAAUUAAUGAAGAGUAGUGGAUUCUCUAAGUGUGGCAUCCAGCAAGCAUGUGGCUGUACUUGCAGUAAUGAGACUGAAUAACUGUUCUCACUAUAUAUAUAUAUAUAUAUAUAUAUAUAUAUAUACACUAAUUAACUAUAUGUAUGUUACACUGAUGUCAAAUUUUUCAUCUAAGCAAACGCAAAGCUUGAACUAAAGCAUUACAUUUACUGCACUGACAUUACAGAGGUCUCUGUCUGCAA